CUACUGUAGAAAAAUGUACAUUUAGAACUGCGCACGUUACUCCAAUCUCUCUCUUCGGAAGAAAGAGAGAGAGAGAGAGAGAGAAGAGAGAGGGAAAGAGAGAAAGCAAGAGCGUGAACACGACCAACACGAGUAGUGAAGAAGUUACACGUCAUUUGUUGUUUAUCAUUUAUCUUUUGGUCGUGUUAAAAUAAUAAUCCAUAAUAACGAAGUCAUUUAAUAACAGUUUUCACUUCAAAUAUUUUAUUUCAACCGAUAAGAGGUUACUAAAAAUAGAAAGAAGAUAACGCAUCCAUAAACAAGUGAUAUAUAUAUAUAUAUUUUUUAUACUCUUAUUGUGUGAGUGAAAGAAUACCAUCAGCUGCAACAUGUCUUCCUUUGUCAUUAGAAGAAAAUUUUUCGGUUUCUGCGCCAAUGGAUUCCAUUACAAGCACACGAAAUUCCCGGCUUUUGAAAAGAUCCGAUUAUUUAGAACUACGAAUCAAGAGUUACGAAUGAUGGCACAUAUCAUGACACAAACAACUUGGGUGACAACCAAAGAUGAAAGUCGCGAGAUGAUGGCCGUAUGGCCCGACGUCGUUCGCGAUCUUACAAAUAAUAAUCAAAACUUAGAUUUACCUGAGGUCACCAAGUGGCUGGUGAAAGUAUUACAGUACAAUGUUCCUGAAGGAAAGAAAAAUCGAGCAUUAGCAUUAGUUUAUGCUUAUCGAAUGUUUGUACCUCCAGAACAAUUAACAAAUGAUAAUAUUCGAUUAGCGCGUAUACUAGGCUGGUGCAUAGAACUGCUUCAAGCAUUCUUGUUGGUAAUAGACGAUAUCCAAGACAAAUCUCUAAUGCGAAGAAAUCAGCCUUGCUGGUAUCUUAAUAAUAAUAUUGGUUUAUCAGCCAUUAAUGAUGGAUUAAUGUUAGAAAAUGCUAUAUAUCAGCUACUCGAAAUGCAUUUUAAAAAAAAAGAUUGUUAUAUUGAUCUAAUGGAAAUUUUUAGAGAGGUUACCAUGAAAACGUUAAUGGGACAAAAUUUAGAUAUGUUAUCAACUAAUCAUGGUAAGAAGCCAAAUUUAAAUCUAUUUACAAUGGAUCGAUAUAAUUCCAUCGUCAAGUACAAAACAGCCUAUUAUUCCUUUGUACUGCCGAUUAAGGCUGCCAUGUAUCUUGCGGGUAUUAAAGACCCAGAAAUGCAUAGGCAAGCACAAACAAUUUUAUUAGAAAUGGGCCACUUUUUCCAAGUACAAGAUGAUUUUCUAGAUUGUUAUGGUAAUCCAGAAGUCACCGGUAAAAGUAAUGAUGGAGAUAUAAAAGAAGGAAAGUGCUCAUGGUUAAUAGUCGUUGCAUUACAACGUGCGACUCCUGAACAAAGAAAAAUAUUAGAAGCAUGCUAUGGCUCUGAAAAUCCGGAGAAAGUUAGUCAAGUAAAACGUCUAUAUAAUGAUAUUGGUUUGCCAAACACCUACUCUAUAUAUGAAGAGGAUACAUUUAAUUUACUUAACACACACAUACAACAAAUAUCACGUGGCUUACCACACGAUCUUUUUCUCAAAUUUUUAGAAAAGUUUUAUCAUAGAGUAUCAUAAAAAUAUAUAUAUAUAUAUUUUUUUUUUAAUAAUCAUUGAACUAACUGAUGCGCAAAGAAUUUAUGAAUUUAAGUUACAAUAUAAGACAGCUACGUUCAAA